AUGUGCAGCAAAACUGCUGGCAUAGCCUUACAGAAGCUCACUGACCUACACAAGGCGAGAGUGAAGAAGCCAGGUUCCCACCUGUGGCUGAAAAUACACCUACUUAUCAUCCUGCUGGCAGGUGGAGUUUUCAGUCGUCUCAGUUCUACUGCUGCUUCCAACAUGAGCACUCUGACAAGUGUCCCUUCCAGCACUACUUCUACAUCAUCUGAUGACAUCACCACUCCAACACCAGGUGUUGUUUCCAACAUCGCCACUCCAACAGGUGUCGUUGCAAAUACUACAGCUACAACAUUGAAUGACACCUUCAACACUACAGAUACAGCAAGUGUCCCUUCCAACACUUCAGCUCCAUCAAGUGUCAUUACUUCCAACACUUCCAACAUCACCACUCCAACAGAUGUCACUUCCAACAAUAGAACUACAGCAACAGCUACACAAACAACAGAUGAAGCUACUGGGAGUCCAUCCUCCACUGCUCCUUCCACCCUUCCCACUCCUGCAACAGCUUCACAAACCUCAGCAGUGUUUUAUUUUCUUGAUGUCACUGUGGUUGUCAGCGGACAGAAACAAAAUGAAUCUGAAAUCAUUGCCUGGCUGGAUCAGGUGUUCGAAACCAGUUUGGAAAAAUGCUUGCCUUCAAACACUGGACAAACAACUACUACCCCUGCACCUACACAAACUACAGCUGCAGGCACCUCAAAUGUGGCAGCACUUGUGACAACAGCAUCUCAAAAUGAGGUAAUUAAUGGAACAACAGUCUCCCUAUUUCAAGGAAUGGAAGUUUCAUGCACUGAAAAAACAGCAAUAAAUAAUACCAAGUGCUCCGUGAUGCUUCGGCUCAGUCAGAGUGUGCCUGCAUGUCGCAUCCUCCAAACACUCUGUGCAGCCAGUAAAAACUCUUCCAACAUCACAGUGGUGGGAAACAAGGCAGAUAAACUGAAUUCGAUUCAGCAGUGCAACAGUGACCCAGAAGGGGAAAAUAGCUGCAUUUAUUCUGGUCCACAGGGUGCAUCAUGUGAAGAAUCUGGGUCUCCGUAUGUCAUUCCACCAAGCAAUUCAACAAACUGCAGUGAAGUCACCAUCAACUGUAACUGCUCUGCUUACUGCAACAGAUCUGAUGCAUAUUACACCUUUUCAGUUACAGUACGAGACCCCACGAUGAACUCUUCAUCCCUCUCCUCUCUGAUGUCUGUACUGAAACAACAACAAGUUUGCUUUGACAAUACAAGUGAUAUAUGUCCAGAGGCCUUCAUUGCAUCUAAAUACAAGAGUGCCAGUGUUUCCUGUGAAGCAAAAACAACAAAUCAAAACUGCAAAGUGGUUUUAGGCUUUUUGCAGAAUGUCUCGAUCUGUUCUCUGGAAGCAGCUGUAAGAAACGUGUUUCAAGAUGAGAAACAAAUUUCGCUGAAUGAGCAAGUGAGGCGGGCGGCAAUUUGUGGAAACUUGGAAGCGAGCAACAAUCUCCUGGACUCCCAGGUCACAUGGACAGAGGGUGGCCUGGAGUCUGAGGACUUUUGUACAAACAUACAAAACUCCAACAUCCUCACAUGUCAGAAUGGAACCAAUAUUAUCCAGCUGGAGGAGAUUUGUGUGUCGACUACCGCUAGUCCGAAUGUUUCAACCACACAACCCAACAACAACACCUCGACUGCAAAUAUGACAACGUUACAACCAGGCAACAGCACCUUAUAUAUAAAUAUGACGACCAUCCAACCAACAAACAACACCUCGACUCUAAAUAUGACAGCUUUACAACCAGGCAACGCCACCUCAUCUAUAAACAGUACUACAUCCACAACCAACACAACAUCAACAACGCUAUCAUCAGCAGCACCCCAGAACACCACAGGUGGUCCAGUAAACACCACGACUGCUGCCAACGGCACAGGGACAGGAACAUUCAGCUCCACUACAGCCACAUCUAACACUGGGAACUCAUCAGGUGGAUCAGUCACAGAAUCAGCUGAAAGCAAAGCCAUCAAACUGCUGGUGCGGAGCCAAAACGUGUCCCAGCUGAACUCUACAGAGAUCAAGCAGCUGGUGUCAGAGCUGGAGGAUCUCCUGUCGGGUCCGACUGUCAGCCUGGUGCUGGGGAACAUCUCGGUCCACAUCGUCAGCAAUCUGCUGGGUGCCACACCUGAGAAGCUGUCGAGCUCCUCCAACAGGAAGUUCGUCCUCCAGAGGUCCAUCCCCCACUCUUUCAAUCACGCGGUACACCGCCUGCUCCCAGUCCGCGGAGGUCCAAGGCUGACGAGAAGCGUGACUACAGUCUCCUCCACCCCUCAGGGCUCCAUCACGCUGCCCUCCACCGUCACUCAGGAUCUGAGCCCUGAAGAGAAGAAACUGGUCUCCAGACUCCAGUUCAACUUCUACCACCAGAGCACAGUGUUCCAGGACCGCUCACUGGGGGAGCGUAAGCUCAUCAGUGGGAUCCUAGGAGCGAGUGUGGCCAAUCUGUCAAUCAAAGGACUGAAAGAGCAAGUUGUGUUUCAGCUGAGCAACUCAGAACCCAAACCUGCCAAUUAUGUUGCAACCUGUGUUUUCUGGGACUUCACAAUGAACAAUAAUUCAGGAGGAUGGAGUCCAGACGGCUGCUUUGUCCAAAACAGCACCGACAACGAGACCAUUUGCAGCUGCAGCCAUUUAACCAGUUUUGCUAUUCUGCUGGACCUCUCUAGGCAGCCUGUCAUCAGUAAGGUUCAGGCCACCAUCCUCACAUUUAUCACAUAUAUCGGCUGCGGGGUUUCGGCCAUCUUCCUGUCUAUAACGCUCCUCACUUACCUGGCCUUCGAGAAGUUGCGUAAAGACAUCCCAUCCAAAAUUCUCAUCGAGCUGUGCUUUGCCCUGCUGCUGCUCAACCUGGUCUUCCUGGUGGACGCAUGGCUGGCCCUUUAUACGGACGCUGUGGGCCUUUGCAUUUCCACCGCCUGGUUCCUUCACUACUUCCUGCUGGUGGUCUUCACCUGGAUGGGGCUGGAGGGGGUCCACAUGUACAUGGCCAUAGUGAAAGUCUUCAACAACUACACACAGCACUACAUGCUGAAGUUCUCCCUGGUGGGCUGGGGGGUCCCGAUGCUCGUGGUCAUCAUCGUCAUAGCGAUUGAUAAAAAUAACUAUGGCCUUGUGUCUUAUGGGAAGUUUACAGACGGCACCAGUGAUGACUUCUGCUGGCUGAAAAACGACGUUGCCUUCUAUGUUGCCGUUGUGGCCUAUUUCUGCGUCAUCUUCGUCUUCAACUUCAUCAUGUUCGUCGUCGUCUUAGUUCAGCUGCAUCGGGUCAAGAAGCAGAAUCCUCACAAUGUGAAGAACCGCAUGAGUGUGAAGGAUGUGCGCAGUGUGUUAGGGAUAACCGUCCUCCUGGGCCUCACCUGGGGCUUUGCCUUUUUUGCCUGGGGGCCCGUUAACCUGCCGUUCAUGUACCUCUUUGCCAUCUUCAACUCCCUGCAAGGUUUCUUUAUCUUUGUGUUCCACUGCGCGGUGAAGGACAGCGUGAGGAAGCAGUGGAGAACCUACCUGUGCUGUGGCCAAAUGAGACUGGCAGAAAACUCAGACUGGAGUCGCACUGCAACGCAGAAAACUGUGAGGAGGUCCCUGCCUUCCUUUAACUCCUCGCAGAGAAACUCCUCGUCCAACACCUCCACUUACCUCGUCAGCACUCCUUCAGAUGCACCAAAUGGCAUCAGUAGUCCGUUUGAUGACAGAACCAUCACAGCUGAUGAAGAUCCAAGCAUGGAUGUGGUGCUGAACGAGAUCAACAGGCAGUACAGAAACCACCGAGCGACCUGA